AUCCCAGGGUUUUACCAGAUAAAAAUCCAGAAGUCAGGGUUUCUUUUUGCGCUCCGCUCCUGCUGUAACGAAGAACCCUAGAGAUCUGAAUUGAGAAGCAAAAGAUAUUCCAGUAUGGACAAGAACCUGCUAGCGGGACUAGAGGGCAUGCAGGAGGAGGACAAGGUCAGGAUGGCAACAAUGAUUGAUCAGCUCCAAAUGCGUGACAGUCUGAGGAUGUACAACUCGGUUGUGGAGAGAUGUUUCAACGACUGCGUGGACAACUUUUCACGCAAAUCCCUACAGAAGCAAGAGGAGUCAUGUGUUGUUCGAUGUGCUGAGAAAUUCUUGAAGCAUUCAAUGCGCGUUGGCAUGAGGUUUGCAGAGCUUAAUCAAGGAGCAGCUACUCAAGAUUAGCGACCGGACACCAUUAUUAAGGUCCAUAGUCUGAACCAUUUUAUUUGGCUGCAGAAUUCCCUUCAUAGACAAAUAGAGGCAAAUAUUUUUUUUCGACUUUCUGAGCUUUCUACUGCAAUGAAAAGUGAAAUAUUGAAGCUUAAACAUUA